GAAUCAGGAGUGUCUUCUGAAGAAGGGUUGCCUGGGAGACCAGCCUGGACCCCUCCAAACGUGUCUGUUCUGCGCUCUCCCUCCCUCCUCCCCUCUCUCUCCCUCUAUCUAUCUCUCUCUUCCGUUUUUAAAGGUGCAUCAGUAAUGAAUCCAAAACUAUUUCAGGAAAGGCACUUUUUAGUCGGCAGGUGAAGCCCUUCAUACCUGCAGUUCUGCCGUGUUCUCAUAAUGCCACAGAUCUCCGUUUCGUGCCUUCCACCGUCAGCAUCAAAAGAAAACACACACACACACAAAAAAAGUCUGUGUGUGUUUGAGGGAGAGAGGGGAGAGAUAAAAGAGGGAGGGGAAGUGGCGAGAGAAAGAGAUUAUGAACGCUGAGGUGCAGCGCACUGAGAGGCACUCAGAGGAACAAUUGUCAUACUAUUCAAGUCAGUAAGUGCAUUUGCUCGUCUUGUUUACCUUGUCGUUGAACUGAUGUCUGAAGACACCGAGCACCAACUUCCUGAAAAUCCUGCCAUAAAGUGAUGCUACUUUUCCCCCCCAGCCCAGCUGAAUGACGUCUCGCAGGGAAAGGGGGCUGAAAACUCGGCGCACACAGUGAAUCCCUCGCUGUGACUCAUUCAUUUUGUAUAAAUGCGACCGGUUGCGGAGAGACAGAAAAGGAGCUGGGGCUUUAAUUAGCUGGAUUUUUCUCAGUCCUCUGCUACGUGAACGCACAUUCCAUCCCCUGCUAGACGCCUUUUUUUCUCCUUUCCUUCUUUCUUCAUUUCUUUCUGUUUUUAUUUAUUUAUUUAUUUUUGAGACUGUGGAGAUGAUAUGCACCCCUGGGAGACAGACACCACAGCCGACCGAGGCAUCCCUGCGCUCCCUUGGAGUUGGUCUGAGCGAGAAGAAAUGUCUCCCACUUCUGCCGGUCCUUUUAACAUUUAAGUAUUGAUUUAUUUAUUUAUUUUUAGGUUGAAUUCCCUGAUAUUCCGCUGCGUGUUAUUCGGUAGAGUUUACUAUCGCUUCGGGGUCGUGAGGAUAUGUCAGUGAUCAGCAGCGGCUUCGUUGUGUUUCCAUCCGCGCUUUGGAUUUUAUCGUUAAAUGGACAGAAUUAGGCCAGUUCAUCUGCGGCGAGUGUUCGAGUUCUUUUUACGGACAUUUUCUGACUAAUGGAUGUAGCCUCCCUUUCAGAUGGGGGACUGAAUUAACCGUGAGGGGGCUUCUCUAUUCAACAAGCUGCACCGCUCACUCCUGGCAGCGAAAGCGAUGGGCGCAGUUUGUCUGAGCCAUCUACAGCGUCUUGGUUCCUCAGCCCAGCUUGUUGAAUCUCCUCCCUGGUGACCAAAGAAAGAAUGGGUUCGUAUUAACAUAAAAAACUUCUCUGGUUCUUUUAUCGGCGGAUUGCAGACUCCAUCCCCCUCCACCCCCUUUUCCCCCUCUAAAAAAGUUGAUCAUGGCUCGUCCCGGGCUGCGCGUGAAGCUGAGCUCUAUAUGGAGAGUGUUUUGGCUCAUGAGGACCGUGGUGGAUUUCGCGCUGCCUCAGGAGACUUACGCGCCCCAUUCAAUACGGACCGAGGGGCACCUGACCCUCGGAGGACUCUUCCCGGUGCACGCCAGAGGGGCCGACGGCACGCCGUGCGGGGACCUGAAAAAGGAGAACGGCAUCCAGCGGCUCGAGGCCAUGAUGUACGCUUUGGAUCAGAUAAACCAGGACGAGCAGCUCUUACCCAACAUCACCCUCGGCGCCAGGGUUCUGGACACUUGUUCGAGGGAUACCUACGCGCUGGAGCAGUCUUUAACUUUCGUCCAAGCCCUGAUCACGAAGGACACCUCAGACGUGAGGUGCACUAAUGGGGAGCCACCGGUGUUUGUCAAGCCUGAAAAAGUGGUGGGAGUCAUCGGAGCCUCGGCGAGUUCAGUAUCGAUUAUGGUUGCCAACAUCCUACGCCUCUUUCAGAUCCCGCAGAUCAGCUAUGCGUCGACAGCCCCGGAGUUAAGUGACGACAGGCGCUAUGACUUCUUCUCGCGGGUGGUUCCUCCAGACUCAUUCCAGGCCCAGGCCAUGGUGGAUAUCAUCCGAGCCCUGGGAUGGACUUACGUCUCCACCAUUGCCUCGGAGGGCAGCUACGGAGAGAAAGGGGUGGAGGCCUUCACACAACUCUCCAAAGAAGCAGGUGGAAUCUGCAUCGCCCAGUCUUUGAAAAUACCCCACAACCCCAAGCUGGAGGAUUAUGACAAAGCCAUCCAACAACUGUUGGAAACGCAGCACUCGAGGGCAGUCAUCAUCUUCGCCAGCGAGGAAGACAUACGGGGAGUUCUCAAUGCCACCAAGAGGGCCAAUCAGGUGGGCCAUUUCCUGUGGAUUGGAUCUGACAGCUGGGGGGCCAAGAGCAGUCCAAUCCACCAGCUUGAAGAUGUAGCAGUGGGAGCAGUCACUAUACUGCCCAAGCGCUCCUCCAUUAAAGGGUUUGAUGAAUACUUCACUGCACUCACCCUCGAGAACAAUCGGAGGAACGUGUGGUUUGCUGAGUUUUGGGAAGAAAACUUUGACUGCAGGCUCCUCAGUGCCUCGAAGAGAGAGGACACCAGCCGUAAAUGCACAGGCCAGGAGCGCAUCGGGAUCAACUCCAAGUACGAGCAGGAAGGGAAGGUACAGUUUGUGAUUGACGCGGUGUACGCCAUGGCCCACGCUCUCCACAACAUGCACAGGGACUUAUGCCCCGAUCAUCUUGGCGUUUGUCCACAAAUGGAGUCUGCGGAGGGAAAGACUCUGCUGAAGUACAUACGUAACACCAGCUUCAACGGCAGCGCCGGCACCUCUGUUGUGUUUAACAAAAAUGGUGAUGCCCCAGGACGCUAUGACCUGUUCCAGUUCCAGAUGACCAACUCCUCCACCCCAGAGUAUAAGAUGGUAGGACAGUGGGUGGAGACCCUCCAGCUCCGGCUGGAGGAGCUUCAGUGGCCAGAUGGGGAGCAGGAGGUGCCCAUCUCAGUGUGCAGUCUGCCCUGCAAAACUGGAGAGAGGAAGAAGAGAGUAAAGGGCAUGCCAUGCUGCUGGCAUUGCGAGCUAUGUGAUGGCUACCGGUACCAGUAUGACGAGACUUCAUGCAGCCUGUGCGCCUAUAACAUGAGGCCCAACCCCAACAGAACCGCCUGCCAGCCCAUCCCAAUCGUCAAGCUGGAGUGGCACUCCCCUUGGGCAAUAAUCCCCGUGUUCCUGGCCAUGCUUGGCAUCAUCGCCACCAUCUUCGUCAUGGCGACCUUUGUGCGCUACAACGACACACCCAUCGUGCGGGCGUCGGGCCGAGAGCUGAGCUACGUGCUGCUGACGGGCAUCUUUCUGUGUUACAUCAUCACCUUCCUCAUGAUUGCCAAGCCUGACGUGGCCGUGUGCGCCUUCAGGAGGAUCUUCCUCGGCCUGGGCAUGUGCAUCAGCUAUGCCGCGCUACUCACCAAGACCAACCGCAUCUAUCGGAUCUUCGAGCAGGGCAAGCAGACGGUCACGGCCCCGCGCUUCAUCAGCCCCACCUCGCAGAUCGCCAUCACUUCCAGUCUGAUCUGCGUGCAGCUGCUGGGUGUGCUGGUGUGGUUCGCUGUGGACCCACCAAACACCAUCGUCGACUAUGAUGAGCAGAAAACCAUUGAUCCCAUGCUGGCCCGCGGAGUGCUGAAGUGCGACAUCACAGACCUUCAGAUAAUCUGCUCACUGGGCUACAGCAUCCUGUUGAUGGUGACCUGCACCAUCUACGCCAUCAAGACAAGGGACGUACCUGAAGACUUCAACGAAGCCAAGCCCAUUGGCUUCACUAUGUACACCACUUGCAUAGUCUGGCUGGCCUUCAUCCCGAUUUUCUUUGGCACGGCCCAGUCGGCAGAGAAGCUGUACAUUCAGACAACCACCCUGACCAUCUCCAUGAACCUCAGUGCCUCAGUAGCACUGGGCAUGCUCUACAUGCCCAAGGUGUACAUCAUUAUCUUCCACCCUGAGCUGAACGUACAGAAGAGGAAGCGUAGCUUCAAGGCUGUGGUCACAGCUGCCACAAUGUCAUCACGUCUGUCCCAGAAGCCCAACGAAAGGCCCAACGGAGAGGCUAAGACUGAGCUAUGUGAGAACCCUGCUGCUGACCCCAUGAGUCAAGCAACCAAGAAAACAUAUGUGAGUUACAACAACCUCAGGAUCUGAUCAGCUUGAAAAAUGAAUGCUGUUUGUCCUUUAUCUGUGAUUGAAUAAAAGGGAAGGGAGCAGUAGCGGAACAGAGAGAGACAGACAGAGACAGGAGAGAGAGCGCAGGCGUCCCAGCACCACCUGCAGUACCUAUGCACUCCAGGACUGUGGAUAGCAUCCAACCUUCAUCCAGACAAUGAUACAUGAGUCCUGACAGAAACUAGCACAGCUGUAGGCCAGCGUGGUUGGGCCUCCACAACCAGACUGUAGGUUUUAAGCUUGUGUUGUUGGCCCCCUUCUCUCUGACAGAGAACAACUUGCCUGCUAAAAGGGGUCACUGUGGAAGAGGACAGUCACAAAAAAAAGAAAAAGAACAAUGGAUCCGCUUUCAAGAUAUUUUCUUUUGAAAUGUCAUUAAAGCCAUAUUCUCUUGGGGUUCCCAUUAUCUGAUUUCUGUUUUGUAUUGUUUCUAAGUGAUUUUCUUCUGUGCCUCUUUUUCUUGAAGUUGAUUUAAUUACCUUGAACAGCGAGCUCUGCCACAUACAGUAUUUUUGUUUUACUGAAAUCAACUCAAAAUCCGUCCCAGAUGAUUAUUAUGUUAAGAGUGAUGGGCAUUGUAAGUAUAUUUUAUUUUUUUUGUAAAUAUUUGAGAGUAUUUUCAUGUUUGGAGUACAAAAAUAGAUAUCCAGUCUUUGUUCAAUUGGAUUUGGAUGGUAAUGAAAAGCACCACAAAGUGUUCACUUUGCAUGUGCCAAUGUAUGUCUGUUAUAUUUGAUGUAAACAAAAAAAAAAAAAAGAGAGAAAUAAAUUCUGAAAAUGAUAAUGAGCUUCAGCAUCCUUCUGCAGUUUGUUUUCUUCACCAAGACUAAGCUUCAUUAAAUAACAGAAUAUGGCUUUAAUCUGUUGUUGAAUUGACCUCGCCCCCCUUUCCCCUGUAUCUGCAAGCAUGUUUGUUUUACAUAGUUUCGUACUGGGUACAUUGUGCCUAAUUAUGGUGUGGGAAACAUUAAUAUCGGAGCAAUCAUGCAAGUAUGUUGUGAUAUCUGUCAAAAUAUGAACAUGUAAUAAAAUCAUUUUGUUAACUUUUAUACAAUUAAA